GCAGUCUGCUCCUGGCUGGUGGCAAGUCAAGCUGAGAGCUGUGUGGUUGCUAUGGAGAAGUGUAGCUAAAUGCACAAACAAGUGCCGAACAGUGAUAACUGCUCAGGGGGACUUAAAGACUCCGGGCUUUACAACGUGUUGCUGAGGGAUGGUAUCCCUUGGGGCAUGGAGGCUUUUUUUAGCCUGCCAGGAAAUCCAGCGCGGGACCUACUAUACUUGGUGUGCCAGAUCCUCUGCGAUGCACAAACUGGCCCUCUCUGUCAUGGAUUUCUGCUGGGGAGCUAUUUGUUUUUCUCCAUCUUGAUGCUUUGGCAUGAUCUUACAAUGUAUCUAAGCAGCCAAGGAGGCUGCUAGCGGCAAAGCUGAGACUGCACCAGAUGGACAGUGUAGACCCACUCGUCAUCUGCUGCCAAAGCCAAAGCCAAAGCCGACAAGACAGCGAGAUUCCCACAGGCAGCAGCGAGGAAGGGGAGCCCCGGCAGUGCGUGCGAGGCGGCAGCGCUCUGUGGGGAAGCAGAGAGGGUUUGCACAGGCAGCCGCCUGCUGUGCUCCGCGCCGGGCUCCCGGCUGCUCUGCCAGCAGCCCGGCGGGCGCAGGGCGCACGAUGCCGUGCUCAGCCCCGGAGGCCACGGGGUGUCUGCAGCCCCUGUCCCCGCACGGGCACCCGGCCGGGCACCGUGUCCUGCGGCGGGCUGGCCCCAGGGACCGCCGGGGGAAAUGCCUGCGGCCGCGCGGUGCCGCGCAGGGCCAAGUCCCCACGUCAGCCGGGGGCCCCGGGCUCCCCAGGCUGCGGGCCAGCCCCGCGGAGCAGCUCCGCCUUCCCAGCGGCACCACGCCGGGCCGGGCCGGGCGGAGGCGGCCGGGAGCGGGGCGGGCGCUGGGGGCCGGGCCGGCCGGGGCCGGGCGGGGCUGGGCGGCCGCGGGAGGGCGGAGGCGGGAGCGGGACCCCCAGGGCCGGAGCGGCCGCGGCGCCCGGAGCGGGCCGGGAGAAGGUAGGGACCCGCCGGAACGGCCGGGGGCAGCCGGGCAUUCCCCGCCCGGGAACGCCCGGGCCGCUGCCCCGCCGGCCUCCCCCGCCCCGCGGCCGCCCCGGCCUGCGCCUCCGCCGAGCCCCGGCGCGGCCCGGCCCCCGCCCGCCGGCGCCUCCCGCACUCCGCACGGCCCCGCCGGCCUCGGGCAUGGGGGCUGCCGGUGCCGGGGCUGCCCCGGCCGCUGUGGCCGGCGGCGGCUGCCCCAGCCCGGGCUGCUGCGGGCUCGGCUGGGCGCGCUCCCCUCGUGCCAGCCGCGCCAGGGCAGCGUGGCCCCCCAGCCCUGCGUGCCCAGCCGGGUGCUCGCUGUGCCCCGGCCCACAGCACCCACGCUGCCCUGGGAGCACCUCGGGCACCUGGGCAGCGUGGAGCAGCUGUGCCGUACAGCGGGAGCCGCCCGUCUGCUCCCCACAGUGGGCUUGUGGUCUCUUAAGCCGUGUCUGUCAGGCGGUGGUAACCCGGGUGGUCACCCCCGGGCAGGCAGGCAGGCAGCUGGUGGUAGCUGGCAAUGCCUGGACAGCUUGUUGCAGAAAAGAAGAGCACCUGGCCCUUUGGAAAUUAUCUGGCCGUCUCACAUAAUUUCUGGUUUGGCACUGGGAGUCUGGAGUUGUUGCACCCGUGAGGGUGGCACAAGUUGCUGUACACAGAGAGCAGAAGCUCAAGGCUGCAGCAAUGUGCCUCUCCCGGGUCCUCCUCCGAGGGCAUUCGCUCGGUUCAAGGCAGCCUGAGAAGAGAACUUAAAAGAAUUCCGUUUGUUUUCACUCUUGCAAACACAAAUCCCUCUUGUAACACUGGCAGCCUGGCCCCAUUGCCUUGUACUUAACAGAGAUGAACUGGAGGUGUCUCUGCCAGUGGCCCUGCUGGGGGAUGAAGGCUUGGGUCACCCUCAGCAUAGUCUGAGAGGUAGCUGCUGCUCCUUUGUUGUGCCUUUUGCUGACCCUAAGCUGUACCUCAGCUGAUCCUGUCCUUGAUGCAAUUUGGCCUUUGGGUCAAACAUCUCUGCUGCUGUUCCUGCUGUUUGAAAUUCUCUCCCCAGUUCUGGCCUUUCAUAUCUCAUUCUCCUUGUCGUAGUACCUAGGAAGCCUCUAGUUGUGUCAUAAACGUUAACGUCUGCUUUGACGCUUGUCAUGAUUCCUUAACUUUCAGUUUCUCCUGAAAAGGUUUUCUUUCCCCUUGCCUCUGCUAUUUUCCCCUUUGCUUCCACUAAGAUUUUAUCUCUUCAUCUGAAAGAGAUCAUAGAUACAGAAUUUGCAGUUUUGCAGAUGCUUUGCCAAAUACAGCCUCUUUACCGUGCUACAAGACGUCACCAUCAUCCCCCUCAUCUUGACUCACUCUGGCUGUGAGUCGUGCUGGGCAGUGUCUAAAUGCAUCCUGCUUGUGCGUGAGGCCUCCAGAAUGCACCGAGGAUGCCUACGGCUCUGAGCUGGCCUCCGCUUUCUAUUCGUGAGAUCCUCUGUCUGUCAGGGCCAAAGGUUUCCUUUCUCUCCAGCUGCUCUGCUUAGAAUUAGCAGUGACAUUAAAAACUGAUAUGAACUUACAACAGUUUUAAAGCACUGCUGAUUAUGGGAUGGGAGGAGCUGAGCAGUAGGGGCAAAGGAGUGAUUCUCAGAGCUUUACAGGGCACCACCUCUGCCAGCUGUCAUGGAUACCAUGGCUGUGGGACCUCUUGGGGUUCUGAGUAAAGUUGAGGUGCCCCUGCUGUGGGUGACUUCAGAUGGACUUUGUGACAGUGAUGAUGUCAGCUUAGGUGGGACAGCCUGGGCUGUGCUUACCUUUGCACUUCACUGCCUUAACUGAUAAUUUCUCCUCAACCUCCAGCAAAAGUAUAUUUCUAAUCACAUUGCUCAACCCCAUUUCUGAGUGACACAGCUUUUACUUUACCUUGUUUUUAGAACCUUUCUCUUGGGAGAUAAAAUUUAUUGCUUCCUUCUCAGGAACACCUAGGGACUCUGAAAGGAAGAGAUCCGGGUAGCAGCAGAGUCCCUGCUGGGGACUGAGGUUCUUUGGAGAUAACAGUACAGAACAGGAAUGGUGUCGAGCAAAGAAUAGAGUUUCCAAGUCAAACUCAAGUAAUUUCCAGAUUUCUGGACUCCCCACCCAGCAACCAAAGCAUCAUAAUGGGCUUCUGUCCAAAAGUUAUUUUGAAGAAUAUUGUUCAGGGUGCAAAAUCAAGUGCUACAGUGCUAAGGAAUGUCCUUGCAGCCCCAGUUCAACUUGUUUUGGAUAUGUACUCAAGGUGUAAUGACUAAUUUUGUAAUUGUAUGCUACUUACCACCUGUAGCCCAGCCACAGGUACUGCGCAGCAAUGGUGAUUCUGCUCUUGGGGUUUUAUCUGUUCCUUAUUCUAAGUUGUAUAAUUUUAGCCUGUCUGCAAAACUGUGAAGAGACACAACCAUGCACCUUGGGGUGGGAGAAGACAGGACCUUGUAACACAGUCUGUAAGGCACAUGCUGCCACAGCAAACAGUUUGGGAAACUCGUCUCCCAAGCUGAUGUUCUGGCCUUUACAUGCUUGGGACCCCACUGCCAGAGAUUAAAUAUCCAUCACAGUCAUCUUGCUCACAUGUUGUGGCAAGGUGUUCUGCUUUGCAUUAAAAAUUGAUGCUGUGCUCUAGUUUCCAGAUGACUUUUCGUUUGCUUGCCGUCUGGCUCAGCACGAGCUCCUCUUGCUUCUUUGCCACGCCACUCUUAACCCACACAAACACCCCCAGCCUUGCCCUCAGCCGUGUCCUGCAACAGAGCAGGUGAGAACACUGGCAGCCAGCGCCCAGCUAGAGGGAAGUAGUGGUUUGAAUGGCUUGUUUGGUACAUGGCAGAGCUCCUCUGCCAUCACACAGCUGUGGUGGGAGGCCAGAGCUUGCUUAAGCAGUCCUUUACUUGAUAGUCCUGGUUCUUGAGGGGUCAGUGAUCCAACCAAAAAUGUAUUCAUAUCAAUGAUUUUUGAUAUAUCAGGUCACAGACAAAGCCAAAGAAGCUAUUUCUUUUUAGAGUGAGAAGACUGCUCUUCCUCCUGGGAGCCAUGCAGUGUUAGGAGAUGGAGUGCAGAAGAGCUUUGAAGUUUCCCACUGUGUGAAGCUCAGCUGGGGGACUCUUUGGGAUCUGCUGAGACAAGCAGCAUGUCCUAACAAGAAGCUGCAGUGAUCAGCGUUUCCCUGGUGGGAGAAGGCUCCUCUCUUCAGCACCAUUAGUUGGGGGUUUGCCCUGCUUGCUGCAUUGUCCAUUCUGUUGGGAUUCAUAGGAUCAGCUCUGCAUUUGUUGGAGUCCCUGCACUGGCACCAUCUCCAGCUGGGGCCCAGGCAGCCUGGCUCAGCGGGGUAUUGUUUAUUCCACCCAGGAAUGUGCAGGCGAGCAGGGACCUCGGGGAGCUUUACAGACUAACAUGUUCUGCUGUGAGCAGGGAGAGGGAGUGUGGGUGGCCGCAGCUCUGAAGGCUGGCGGGAGCAGUCAGGGCGUGCUGGUGUGCGGAUAAUGUCCUGUCCCAAAGAGUGAAUGAGGACUGUGCAGGCCAUGCAGAUGCACUGGGGUUUGGAGGAGGGAAGGAGGGCUGUGCAGAUUUGGAGAACACAGGGAGGAACAGAGGGAAAAGGUAGAAAUGUCUUAGUAUGUAGUUAGUUUUGUUAGUUUGUAGUUAGUUAGUUAGUUAGUUAGAACCUUUGUUCUUCGCACAAUGGUGUGAGAAGCCAAGCAUAACUGCAGGUUCCUCCCACUGUGUGCUGGGUACUGAUCCUGCAGCCUAGAGCACAGCAAGGGCUGCAGCAGAUCUCUCCCAAAGCCAGUCCCAGCAGCUGGAGGGUACACUGAACUGAGUAUCUCUGUCACUGGGGGUGGAUUGUGUUUUCAGUGAACAGACAUUGAGCUAUAAUGAGUGGAAGGAGGUAUGAAAAGACCUAGGUGAAAUGCAAAGUGUUUUUCAUUUUUUAAGAAGAUCACUGACAGGAUUUGUUUAAUAUUUUUAAUAUUAAUUUCACUAAUCAUUUUCUGACAAGCUUGUCUUUUGUACAUUUCUGUGAGUAUGACAUUCCUGGUCUACUGCUCAUGCAAGUUCUAAGGUUUUUGUAGAGAUUAAGACAUCUGCUGGACAUGAAUCCACUUGCCCUUCUUGUGCAAAGCCUGUGUGCCUGUGGAAGCCCACACAGCAUAUUUUGGUCUGCUUGGUGAAAUGCUAGUUUUUCAGUUACAGUUCAGUCAUACCGUCCCUAGUCAGUUCUAACAGUGCUGCUUCUUGAGUGAGAAGCUGGAAUGUAUUAUUUAGUGAAGAAACAAGUGACAAUAGCACCUGGUAAGUUUGGUUUCCUUGCUGCUUAAUUUGUGGGAUCCAUCCGUUACUGUUUUUUAUCUCAUGGUCUGAGCAGUGCUUUGGGAUAGCAGUGGAUUAGCUGCCCGCAAACCCUUUAGGUCUCCCUUUUUACUGGGGUUGUUAAUACUUCUUGUAAUCAGCCUAAAUGGCCUCUUCACAAUGCUGCCUUAUCUCUUAAGUGCUUGAAAUCCUUGUUUCAGCAUCUUUGGUAGUCCUACCCCCAUCUAAGUGAUGGUACUUCUAGCAAGUGCCUUACAUUUACAGUGACAAUUACAUUUCAUGCUGGUGAGUCCGUUGUUUCGGAUUUUUUUAACCUGUGCAAUUUCAGUUGCAAAAAGAGGAGAGAUAGAACAAGUUGUCAGAAUCUAUGUGUAAAUGCCUUUUCUUGGCUGCUGUGACUUGGCCCAGUCAGUGCUGAAGAUCUCAAAACAAAACUGUAACAGAGUUAAUAGCUAUCAUUUCAUUCUGGUCCCUCCUUCCAUCAGCCCACGCUGGACCAGACACGCUGCAGAGCUAAUAGCAAAAUGGGAUAAGCAGUCUUCCAUGAGGGUGAUGUUAGUGUGUGCUGAGCAUGCAUGCAUGCAGACUGGGGGGGUGAUUAAUGCCCUGGGAAUCCACUCUCUGCCUUGCUGCACAAUGCUGUUGUGUCAGGCGCAGAGCUUGGCACCAGGCAGGCUGUGGUCGGCGCCAGGAGCACGUUACCUGGUCUGUGCAGGAUCAGGCAGUGAGACAGAGCCUGGGUGUUCUCAGCAGGGCCCGUUCCUGCCGCGCCACAGCUUCAUACUUGCACAGUGAGGCUCUCUUUGGAUGCGGGUCUGCUGCUGGGCGGGGACGGCAGGCCUUCGAUCCGCACUCCUGACCUCUGCCAGCCUGAAAGCCCAGAGUUUACUCAGUUGUGGCAGAGCUCUCCCUCCUUUCCUCUGAGAGGCAAGGAUCACCCAUCCCU